AGAAUUGAUUUAUUUCGUUAUCAGUUUGUUUUCUGACAUUUUAUUUGUACCUAUCUACCUACGCCUUGAAUUGCGCAGUGAUAGAAGCACUUAUACAAAUUCAAAACAUCCAAAGUGACAACACGUGUACGUGAGAAAUUGAGUUUCUUACGUUUUGUUUCUUUUUCAGUUUUUUAUCGUUUCCUCUCUGUCGUCUCAGUCCAGUUUAUACUAGCCGUUGUAUUGUGCUAACGACAGUGAAGUCUUGGUUGCAGUGAUAGCAGCACUUCUUGAAUAUCAGUCCUGUCCCUUUCUUAUCCCUUGUCUCAUUCUGAGUGUUUGUUAUAUAUAUUUUAUUUAAUAUCAUAUAACUGGAAAUUAUUGAAAGGAUGUCGGCAUCACCAAUCGCAAGGCAAGCUACCCAAAGCCAAAAUAUACCUUUUAAAACAAUUGUUAUUCAUGAUCCCAAUGAAAUGCCUAUUGAUUACUCUUCUACUCCUGGAGGUACCAUUUAUUCAACAACACCUGGAGGUACUCGGAUAGUAUAUGAGCGGGCCUUUUUAAUGAGUCUCAGAAAAUCCCAAAUAUCGAGGACUCCACCAACAAAUUCAACAUUGAUUCCAGUGGAUUUGUUGAAGAAUACCGCAGCUAUCGCACCUGUUAUUUCAAAUAUCUGCAGUAAAUCGAAAAAGGAUAUUCCAGUGACUGAUGAGACUUCAGAGCAAUUUCAAAUGGACAUGUAAAAAAUAUUUGGCUGCUGUAAACCGUGAUUAUGUGUACUGUAUUCAUAAUUACAUACGAUAGAAUAAUCUCUGCCCGUGUGCCUAAAAUAUAAGUUUCCAUUAUUUCAAUGUAAAAAAAAAACUCGUGUAAAUGACAAUAAUUUCACAAUAAAAGAAUUUAAAUUA